GGAUACGCCCGGGAUGAACCGAUGAGAAAAAACAAACAAACAAAGAAAGAAAAGCGACCACAGCAACCAAACAGUCAUCGCUGUAGCGCGACGUUCCCCCCCGGUCGACAACUGAUCCCCUCGGGCCACAUCGAGGUGAGCGCCGCGCUGUCAGUGCAAGGAUGAAAAUGAAGCUGAAUUCAUUAUCUGUGCUGUGUCUGUCACUUCUUCUGUUUCACACCCAUUCUUCACUGGCUAAGAGAGGGGGAGGCGGCGGCUUCGGGAAAAGCUUCAGCUCGAAGAAGAUCCCUACAUCGAACCGAGGCAGCACCAACACUAAUGCAGGUCACAAAAAUAAUCAGGGCUCCGGCUCUAAGGGUGGAUACCCUAAACAGUCUGGACAAAACAAUCAAGGAGGCUACCCUCCGCAAUCAGGCGGACCCGGGUAUCCGGGAAAUUACCCCUGGCAGCAGGGUGGAGGAGGGUAUCCAGCACGGGGCUCCCCAUAUGGAGGAGGUUAUGGAGGUUAUGGUGGUUAUGGAGGUUAUGGAGGUUAUGGUGGUUAUGGAGGUUAUCCAGGUGGCUAUAUCAACCAUAACCCAAAAAACAAAAUCCUGAGCCCUCAUUAUGGUGGCAGCUUUGGUCAUGGGGGCUAUGGGGUUGGGGGUGGCUCUCCCUUUUCCCACUCAGUUCAGGCAAUGGGCAUGUAUCCCCAAGAUAAUUCCAGAGGUUUUGGACGGAGUGCAGUAAUGGCAGCAGCUGGAGGGGCUAUGGCAGGAAUGGCACUUGGCUACGGGCUAGGAAGGUUCCCUCGUCCUCACUUCAACUUCCGCAGUCCCGAAGAGGAGUACUACUACAACCACUACAUGUACAGGAAAUACGGUGUCAAGUCUACUGAUACCAAUGACUACAGCAGAGACUACAAGUACAGCCAACCCCCUGAGACCUAUGAUAGCUACAUGGACUCGUGCAUGAAGAGAACAGACCUGCUACCUGUGGACAAUCGAAAGCCAAAAGACAAACCAGCUGCCACCACCACAACUACAACUACUGAUGUCACCUCAACUCCAGACACUGGCACAGGCAGCAACACAACAAAGACUAACAGCACUACAGCGGGACACCCCUCGCCCUCCGCACCCUCAACUCCCCGCCCUUUAAAUCAGCCCGAGGCCAAUCCUGUGCCUCCAGCUUCACAGGCGGUCAGAAAAGCUGCUACUGAUGAUGAUGAUGAUGAUGAUGAUGAUACAGUCAGCAUUGUGGAGAUUGGCUACCCAGCACUGAUUGAGCAGCUGACGGUCAGGAGAUGUUUGGAGCUGUACAUGGUUUAUUCUGAAAAGUACUUGAAGAAACAGACAGGAGGGGUGCAGGGACUGGAGAUGGGCUUGCGAGGGUCUUUAGCAGUGGUCACCAGUACUAUAGUGAUGCUACUGAACAGCAACAUGCUAACGCUGCUGCACUGAGGCCUUUGUUAGCAGGGAAAGUGAUGGAGAAUGUGCUAAAGAGUUUAAACUAAACCGAUGGGAAAUGAUUAGGGAGGGAGGAACCUAUUGCAUUACCUUUUUAGGCUGCACUAUGGCACUCCCCUUUUCCUUUUCCGCCUCUGAAAGAGAAAGGGUCCAUUAACUGUACUCGGAUAUUGGAAGACUGUGAUGGUGGCGAGAAAUUUGGUCCAUUAAUGUCCAUUUAGAUUUAAUUUAACAUGCACUCUAGCCAUAGAAAUGAUGAGAGGCACUACCACUGACUCGUCUUUCCGUGCUCGUAAUUUGUCUUUCAGUAAACAAUGCCUCUUAUUCAAGGAAACCGACCAUGGUCUUUGUCUUCUUUUUGCCUAAGCGGAAAAAGCAUCCGAUAGGGUUAGUUUGCACAUGUGGGGCUGGUACAGGCUCUGUCAUGGUGAUGAUCUGUGUAAAUAAACUGCUUUGCAAUAAUGGAGAUGUGCUUUAAGCAUGCUACGAUUUUGUUUACUCCAGACAUAUUUAUGUUCGAGGACUGUAACUUUUCUAAUACUCAAUCAGUCUACUAUUACUAAUACUAAUCUCAGUGCUUUAGACUGAGAGGUUUUUACACUAUAAGCAUGACUGAGUAUUUGUAAUGGAUCAUUUCUACUGAUGUAGCUUAAAAAAUAUGUGGACUUUUAUCACGUAAGGUCUAUUGAACCACAGAAACUCAAACCUAAAAGGCUGUUUAUUACAUCUGUUGGUACUUAUUUUAUUGGGAUAAACAGACUUGUUAAACAGAUGGACAAUAGUAUGCAUGCUGUUGUCAGAAUACCCUUAAAAUUACUUACUUUGGACUCAAUGUAAGCACAUAGUGCUUUUUCUGAAUAUUUAUGAUUUUUUUCCAUGUCUACUGUCCUUAUUUUGGAAAGUGUGUCGUAUAUUUUCUCAUUUUUUUUAUUCCCAGGUCCCCUCCCUUGUCUAUCCAGUUUUAGCUCUCUUUCCUGUCUCUCGGGUAGCUCGUGGUUGCAUAAGUGCUCUUAAAGUAUAAGACUCCUGAUCUACUAAGUCUGAGCUGAAUUCAUCUCCAAAAGCUGCUGAGUGUUAUGUUGCAUUAUCGGCUGAGAUUAUGGUCACCAAGCUUGGAUAUCAAGAUAUUAGCAAAGAUUUGUACAAUAAUUGUUCUAACUAUGGAAGCUGAUGACUUAAAAAAACUAUUUAAAGGUACUGUCUGGAGUUUUAAUUGCAAACGAACUGUUCACAUUCAAAAUGUAUUGACCAAUCACAAACAUGACUAACACACAUGUUGAACACUCUCCCUACUAUUUAAAAUGUUUGAAAGUCAUUAUUCAAGACCCAGUUUUUUAUGCGAACAUGUAGGCUAAUUUGCAACUAACUACAUUAUACAUCCAAAUAAGCUGUUAUUGCAGUCUGUGGAAUAGGUAAAUGAUGUGACUUACAACUUCAAUAAAAACAGUGCAAACUCCAUAUUGGUAUAAAGUCCUCUCAAUCGAGGAGAAGCCUCGCCAAUAACACCUUCUGCCUUUCGAAUUUUCUGCUUAUAAAUCUCCCCUCCCUCUCUCGUCACCGUCUGCGACUCACAGUGCAGCGGCAAUUUAUCUCUAAGCUGCAAUUACAACGAACACUAUUUUAUAGUUUGACAGUAGAACAAGCCCCGACCACACGUGGUAAAAAGAAAACUCCAGUGUACCUUUAAUGUGUUGUCAUAUGUAGUCUAUGUAAUCUUGUGUCUGCCUUCAAAUGUAUCUGAAAACACGCACGUAUCACUUGUAAAGACAUGAAUGCCUUCUCCUGUGACGGUUCACAUUUACUGUGCUGCUGGGGAUAUAUACUGAAUACUGAGCGUUGACUCGCACCUUUUGCUU